UUAAAAAAAAAAAAAUAUUAUGCGAUGGCGAAGGCGAUGUCAGCAGCAGAAACAGAAACUCCUCCAGCAUCUCUAAAACAAAACUCAUUUCCAUCAUUAUUUUUUAGCCUUAAUAGUUCAAUUAAAAUGCCAAAACUCAACACAAUUUUCAUAUUAUUUAUCCAUUCCCUUUGCCUGUGGCAUAUCGACGCCAGAACCAGCGACUCGGAGGAGUAUAUGAAACGCGAACAUUCCCUAGUUAGUCCAUUUCAUGGAUCUGGAAUGAAUCUACCCUAUUGGGACUUCCUCGGGAAUACCAUGGUCCUGAAUAAUUUCAUUAGACUCACUGCCGACAUGCAAUCAAGAAGUGGGGCGAUAUGGAACUUAGCGCCAUGCAUGUCAAGGAACUGGGAAAUUCAUGUAAUGUUCAAAGUCCAUGGAAAAGGCGCUGAACUGUUCGGCGAUGGGUUCGCUAUUUGGUAUGCGAAAGAGCGAAUGAUCUCCGGCGAAGUGUUCGGAAGCAAGAACAUGUUCUCCGGCUUGGCUAUUAUUAUGGACACCUAUAGCAAUCACAAUGGGCCACAUAACCACAAUCAUCCUUUCCUAAGUGCAAUGGUUAACAAUGGCUCCUUAGUAUAUGACCAUGACAGAGACGGAACACAUACACAGUUAGCCGGUUGUGAGGUACGCUUCCGUAAUGUUGAAUUCGAUACUCAAGUCAAAAUUCGAUACGAAAACGACAUCCUAUCUGUUUCUACGGAUUUGGAAAACAACAGCCAAUGGAAGAGUUGCUUCGUUGUGAAAGACGUCGAAUUGCCAACUGGAUAUUUCUUUGGAAUAUCAGCAACUACCGGGGAUCUUUCCGAUAAUCAUGAUAUUCACUCUUUCAAGUUCUACGACUUGGACAGAGAUUUCACACCUGCUCAAGCAAUGGAACGAAGCAAACUUAUUCCAAAUGCAAAAACCUUCGAGGCACCACGAGAGCAUAAAGAAGAUCCCAAACCGGGGAUGUCGAAUGCAAAAAUCUUCUUUAUUCUCCUCUUUGGAAUGUUGGCAUGCAUUGCCAUUUGCAUUUUUGCAAUUUCCUACUACAAAGAGAAGAAUUCAAGAAAACGAUUCUAUUAGUAGAUUCUUUUACUUUCCUAGUGCAAAUAUUAAAAAAAAAAAUUAAAGAAUAAAAGACUCGACUGAAGAUCUUAGUCAUUCAUUAUAAGUUACUCCAAAGAAGCCUAUACUCAUCAUCUGACUUGUUAGAGAUUGGCAAAGUAUUGAUUUAUUAUUUUCAAAAAAUAAAACUCUAAACUAAUUAAAUUCAUCACUAAAACAGAUUUAAGUAAAUUAAUUCGUAUGUUUUGUAAUUUAUUGAGAAAUCGCUUUUCAUUUUAAUAACAUUUUGAAGGUUUUAGAUAAAAAAAAAUAUUUAUAUUUAUUGAAUAAUGCUUCUAAGUAAAGGUUCGGGAAAUUAUUUAUAAACAAAACAAAAAAACUAAACUUGUAUAAACAAUGGGGAGAACUUAGCAAGUGUAAAUAAAUAUGUGGACUUGUAUAUUUGUACAAGUUUUGUGUAAUUUUUAAAAGAUA